AUGAGAUCCAAGCUCACUUCCAUCGCCACCUUGUUCCUACUCCAAGCCGGCCUCCUAGCAGCGGGCAAGAAGGUGCCUGGCGACAACCCACUCAGCUUUUGUUCUGAAAACCUCGAAGACAUCAUUCAGAUUGAUGAAUUGACAUUGAUUCCGAACCCACCAGUCAGGGGGAAGUCUCUUGCCGUCAAAGCUGAGGGCCGUGUGACGCAAACUAUCGAUGAAGGUGCUUCUGUGCACAUAGUGGCAUGGAAGGGCAGCGACCCGGUCUUCGACGAAACAUUUGACUUGUGCGAUGAUCUGGACAUGAUCGGCGAGGAAUGCCCUGUUGAGGCAGGACCUCUUAGCAUGGACGAAGAAAUUCCCCUCGAAGAAGAAGAUCUCCCAGCUGGUACAUUUGCUGUACACAUCAACGCAACCACAGCACAUGGACAACAGAUCACUUGCUUGACUGGGGAGUUCACAAUCUGA